AUGUCCUCCACAGUGCGUAAGAAAGGGCGAGUCUUGAUCCCGCUCACCCCUCAAGAAGAAACCACCUGCCCCGCCGCCUCUGUGGAAGCUUUUCUCAACAGCACCCUCACCACCCGCCUCCUCCCUGCCCUCUACUCUGUUGUCCUGCUCGUGGGGUUGCCGGCCAACGCUCUGACCUGCUGGGUCCUGAUGACCAACUUCAGGAAAUCUUCCAGCACCCUCUUCCUGCUCAACCUGGCCUGUGCCGACCUGCUCUUUGUCCUCCUACUGCCCUUCAAGAUCUCCUACCACCUCUUGGGCAAUCACUGGCUCUUUGGGGACUACCUGUGCCGCACCAUGGUGGCCUUCUUCUAUGGGAACAUGUACAGCUCCAUCCUCUUCCUCACCUGCAUCGGACUGGAGCGCUACAUCUCUGUGGUGCACCCGUUCCUGUGGAAGCACUCCAACUGGACGUGGGGCAAGGCGGGCAUCUGUGUGGGCAUCUGGCUGGUGGUGGGGCUAGGCAUGAGCCCUCUGCUUUUGCACCCCCAGACAAGUCAUAUCUCGAGCCUGAACAUCACAACAUGUCACGAUGUGCUAGGAAAGGAUAAGCACAUGUUCCUCACCUACUAUUUCCUCUCCCUGGUGGGGCUGGGCUUUGGCUUGCCCUUUGUGCUUGUGACCGUCUCCUACAGCUGCAUCCUGGUGCGGCUGCUGGCCCAGGGGAGACGCUAUAAGCAAGUGGUUCGUGUCCUGGCCCUGGUCCUCCUGGUCUUCAUCUUCUGCUUCACGCCCAGCAAUGUGCUGCUCUUCAUCCACUACGUGCUGGAGGCCACGGGGUGCCACAACGUCACUUACAUCUGGUACACCCUGGCCCUGGUCCUCAGUGCCUUCAACAACUGCUUCGAUCCCUUCGUCUACUUCUACGUCUCUCAGGAUUUUCGAGCCUGGGUCCGGGAUGCAGGGAGCUGCUGCCUGAGGGGGCUCAAGACCUCGACAGGGAGGGACUCGAAGAAGGCAGCCUUGCCCCUGAGGUCCAGCGAGCAGAGCCAGCUGUAG